UCUCCAAGUUGGGAGGGUGUUCUGCGUCUGUUUUCCUGUCAUGUAAAGGGACUUGUUCUGUGCUUUUCACAAGUCUAGCGAGAACGUGCGCUUUCCUCUGGAAUGUUGUUUAUGAAGAGGGGACAAAACGCGUCUGUGGGCAUCGUGGAAAUAUCGUGAAAUAACAGUUGAAAAGUGAAUCGAUGUUUUACUAGUGCAUUGUUAUUCUACAUGUGUUCGUUCAUGGCAUAUACUGAACAAAGCGACUCACGUAAAACUACUGUCCCUUAAAGAGUGUGAAUCUGAAUAGCGAAUAAAUAUACAGUGUGCAUUCGAUCAGCGUCGCCGUGAACAGAGAAAUGUCGAUGAGCGCGCUAUCGAGUUGAGGAUCGGGCGGUGGUAAUGGUGACAUGAGCAACGAGCGCGAUUUCGAGAAAUCCUUCUGGAAGCGAAGCGAGAGGUCCGAGGGAGCUUCAUGCCCGGGAACAGGCAGGCAAGGAGCAACGAGCGAAGAUCAUUCUUCGAGAACGAUUGACGGUGUUGAUCAGCAUGCGUUCCGGGCUCCGAAUGAGACAACGCCGUCGGAACGGCACGCGGAAACCUUUGUCGAACCGAGGAAUCGUUCCCAGGGAUCGCUCGAGGAUUCCCAGGGAGAUUCAUCCUGCGAGACAAUCGACCGGGCCGCUCCGGUCGCGGCUGGUUCAAGACCGAGCGAAAGUCUUUCGGGAAACGUCGCGGUACCAGGAAGCUCUUCUUGGAGCUGCACGGAUUUUUACCAGCGAGUCGGUGCUCUAGACAACGUCUGGUCGUCCGGCGGAGCCUUCGGGAAGCCGUACGGAUUCGAGCAUCUAUUGGGGAUCCCGGAUAACCAGUCCGCGCGAAACGUUUGGAGAACCGAAGCGGGUUCCAACGAUUUCUCGAGAAUGAGCGAGGAGGACGGUCAGCAAUCUGGCGACUCCUGGAGCCUCAGGAGUCCCGAGAGUCCUCGUCGGAGGUUGGAGACCGGCUCUCCCAGAACCCCGAUGUUCACCAGCUUGGCUUUGGACGUCUCCUACGCCGGUCUAGACUCGUCCGGUCUCCUGGACGUGAGAACGCCCAGAAGGACUCGGGAGAACGAUCCGCAAGAGUUCUGGCAGGAGUGCAGCGUCGUCGAUUAUCUGGACAGAAAGUUAGCCGCGAACGACGAGAGCACCCCGGAGGAACGAGUCGAGACUCUGAAAGAGAUCCUAGCCGAGACCGACAUCCACGAGGGCGACGGAGUCGUCUCGGAUUUUUUAUUCCACGUCGCCAAGACGAAGCACGGCAAGAUUUAUAUCAGGGUCAUUAGAACGAUGCUGCUCAAUCGAGUUCUAUGUAGCAGCCGGGUGAGCCAAAUGACCAAGACGUAUAAUGACAUAGAAGCAGUUACACGGCUUCUGGAAGAGAAAGAGAAGGAUUUGGAACUAACCGCGCGCAUUGGAAAGGAACUGUUAUCGCACAACCAGAAACUCGAGACUACGGUUACGAGUUUGGAGUCCGAUUUGAAGGAAGCUAACGAAAGGAUCACUCAACUAACGCACGAGCUUACGAAGAAAACCGAGAUCAUCCAAAUUUUAACAAAUGACACCGAAGAAACAAACUCUGAAGCCGGUACGCCCACCGGACUUCGUAGUAUCAAUCUUGAAAUGAUGCAGAAGAAAAUAAACAGUCUCGAGGACGAGAAUAAACACUUACGGACGGAAUUCGCGAAAUUAGUACACGACACCGACAAUUCAGAGGAACAAGAAGCGAAACUUGUCAAGGACAUUGCAGCUCAACUUGCGAGUGCAAACAUGGAGGUAGACGGGAUUGCAGAGGAGCUCGACAGGCAGAAAGAAGAAAAUCGAUUACAACACGAACAAAUUAUUAGUUUGACGGCAAAACUGGCGGAAACGGAAUUGAGAUUGGCACAGUUGAUGGCUGAACAUGACGACGUUGGAGCAACUUUGCUCAUCACAAGGGACAACCAAAAUACUCUUGCGAGUGAGCUGGCUGAAUUUAAGGAUCGAUAUGCGGAGGUGGUGAAUUUGUUAGCGGAAACUCAAGAACAAUUACGAAAACAGAGGAAGAGAGGAAUGCCAACUGUCAGAGGAGGAUCUUUGUUUCCUUCAAUGGGGGCUGCUCCGCAACCGGAUUCCAUUGCAUCGGAAUUAGAAUCCUCUCUUUAUUCCGAACUCAGCUUAGAUUCCGGUAUCAGCACUGACAGAGUGCCUACAUACAAGAAAGUUUUCGAAACUGUUAGAAGCGCUUCAAGAAAUUCUUAUGCAGCUGAUAAUAAUCAAUUCCCAAGAAUAGGAUCGAUGACUACCUCAACAUUAUCAACUGGUUCUACUGGACCUAGAAUGAGUUGUGGGCAAAUUAGACCUCCAGCGUCGACGUUCCCCAGUUUGGAUUCUGGCCACAGCGAUUCGGAAGGCUCUCUGCUUACAGAUUCUGAAGAAUAUCCAGGACCUCAAAAAGCGGGAAUACCCGGAGCUCCUGGUGCAGCAGAUCUCGAAGCAGCUCUUCGAAGAUUAACACCUGCAGAAGUUAUAGCUCGACGUGCUUGCCUUAGCACCGGUACAGGAUACACAUACGAUUAUGAUGCUGGAGUAAAUUCGCCGUCAGCCUUCGUGCCUCUUGGUUGUAGAACUCCAGACAGCAUCAUGUCCACAGGAAGUAGCGCCAAUUUAAGUGGUUAUAGCGGAAAUGCUUGGAGACUUCCUGAAAAAUUGCAAAUAGUCAAGCCGAUUGAAGGUUCACAAACGUUGCACCAUUGGACACAAUUAGCUACACCAACAUUGGGUGGACUGUUGGAGGAACGACCUGGGGUGAUGACUCGAGGAGGUCGUGGUCUGGAAGAUUUAGGCCUAGUCACAUUUACUUUAAGCGAUCUUGAGGAAGAUGAAGAAUAUACCAAUCCUGGAAAACUCUUCCAAGACACAGGCUCCGUGUACACAUACACUAAUAGUACGGUUCUCCAUCCAGACGAUCAUACUAAUGUAACUUCAAGUCUCGUUGGUAGCAGAGUUGCGACUGCACCUAGUAGUGCUUUAAAUUCCGGAAUGAGUACUCCAAGAACUUUAAGUAGAAGGAACUCGACUUCAACAUUUUCGACAACACUUGGACUUGCGAAGAUGCUGAAUGAAAGAGGUAUAAAAGCUGUAACGCCUUCUUGCGUUGGUACUCCAAGUGGAGAGAGAAAUUACACACCUACUGCAACACCUUGCAAUAGUCCUGAUGCUAGUCCGCCAGAUAGUCGAUCCAGUUCACCAACUCCAGAGAGUGGGAUUUCUCUUGGAUUGUUAUCCACUGGAGCAGAAUUAUUAAAAAGAACGUUUGGUGGAGAGACAGUGCAGUCGAAAAAGAAGCGGACAGUACUUUCAAGAUCCGAGAAGAAGGCUCUCACUGGUAUUCGGCUAGUAGAGAAGCUCGAACGGAUUGGCAUUGAUACUAUUAUGGCUACAACAAUUGGUUCUUCUAUCUCUCCGUUAGCUUUUCAAGGUUCUUUAUACACCAGGCGUGCUACUGACAGUCCCAUGACUCAGUUAACUUUCCUAAGAAGCUCCAUGUCCUCAAGUGGAAGUCAGGAGAAACUUUCACCUUCUUCCUCUGUAAGUGAUUCCUCAUCAACCAAACGACAACUUGCUGACAAGAAACAAAAUGAGUCCACAUCGGGCAGGGAGACAAACAGACAAAGGAGAACUGGUGCUAGGGCCACGAGGCCCGAUCUUGGACAGGUUACACCUGCGGUCCCUGUCACUGUUACGAAAGAAUCACCUGCGCAAUCCGCUUUGGGAACUAUUAGUUCGCUUUUAUUUGGGCGGAAGGGUGGAUUACUUUGAAACCACUGUUCCUUGCGUGUUAUAUAUAUUAAUAUGGAAAUCUUACUUAGAUAAAAUUUCAAGAGAAUCAAAUAAAAGAUUGUCGGAGCGAUGAGAAAAUUGAUUAUUUGUUUUCUUCCAUGAA